AUGGGUGUCCCUGUAGCCCGGCGAAUCUUCCUCACGGUUGAACUUCUGUUUCAGAUUUUGGAACAGGUUGAUUGGCCGACCCUUAUCCAAAUGUCCCGCACAUCCACCCUUGCACGCUUCGCCGCCGUGGCCGAGGGACGCCGCCGAGUCUAUCUUGCCCUUUCUCGAUUUAUCACCAAGGGACAAGUCCUGUCAUUCCUUACCGCUCUCAAAGACAGUCAAGGGAUUGUUGUCGGCUCUGUAGCCUCCACCAUCCCUCGCUAUGGCGCCCCCUCUUUCGAACGGUCUGACAAGCUCUUGUUGGACUCCGACGAUCCUUACGACCUCAACAUCGUGGUGCCCGCCGGCAGGCAAGCUCAAUUCAUGGAUGCUAUGCAUCAGUUCGGCUUCAAAACAUGGAGUCGCUUCCCUUUGCGCUCCAACUUCCGACCUUACGCCAACGCCAUGUACGAGAGUGCCAGGCCAGUAGUGGAAGUCUUUGGGGGGCACGCGCGAAUCACGUUGUCGCCGCAGCUCCGUAUUCUGCGCAAAUGUGUUUUUUCACGCACGAUUGCCUUUACCACCUAUACCCAAUCACAUCGACAUCUCGAUUUGCAUGGGAAAGGUCAAACGGUCGUGCUCUCGAUACAGGCCAUCGUACCUCUCACGCCUCUCUUUUUCGAACACCCACCAACCACACUAUGGCCGUCCCUUGCGGACAUUCCUGCCCAUCUCUUCGGCGGAAGUCAUGGAACGAUGAAGGAGUAG